CAGUCUUGAGAAAGCUCCCCGGCCGCACGCAGAGCCGCAGCCGCCCCGUUACCCAUGCGACCCGAACAGAACAGGGGAACCCAACAGUGCUGCGUUUCGCGUGUGCGUUCUUGUUGUUGCCGUGUUAGUGCUGGUUGUUUUUGUUGUGACUGUCGUGUUUGACCGCGAAACCCCACCACCAUGAGUGCGGCCGUGUUCAUGAGGGGCGCCGACAACCUGAUGAGAGAGACGAUGCCGCAGACGGUGCCCAGCCCUCGCGGCAACCCCUGUGAGUUCGGCGACUUCGACGCGUUCGACCUGUCGCUGCUGCCCGCGCCCGGCCCCGCCCCGGCCUCGCACGUCGGCAGCCUGUGCGGCGGCGCAGCCAGCCCGUCCUGGGGCCCGCUCUCCUACAACGGCCCCGCCGACUCGGAGGUGCCCUACUCGCCCACCAGCGUGCAGCAGCUCAUGUCCUUUUUCUGCGACGCCUCGCCGCCGCCCAUGUUCCCGGAGCAGCCGUACAAGGGCGGCAAGCAGGAGCUGCUGGAGCAGGAGGUCGCCGUCGUCAAGUCCGAGCCCGUGUCCGAGCAGCUGGCCGAGCCCCUCCUCGGCAGCUGCUCGUCGUGGGAGAACCGGAGCACGGCCUUCCUCUUCUCCACGCCCGUGUCGCCGCCCAGCUACAUCAAGCAGGAGCAGCAGCAGGACGCCAGCGUCCCCCAGGGCCUGCCCCAGGAGGACGACGACCGCCUCGGCGACCACCACCUCCUCCGCGAGGUCCUCAAGGACACGAGCUUCCAGCGCAAGUUCAACCUCAAGCCGUUCGACCUGGGGCCGCUCGGCGGCCUGGCGCCCACCCUGGCGCAGCAGCUGGCUCCGCUCAGGAGGACGCUGUCCGGCGGCAGCCAGGGCGGCAGCGGCGGCGUCAAGAUGGAGACCGACGACCUACCCCAGCUCGACCAGGAGGCCAUCGAGCCCAUGAUCUCGCUCGCCAUCCAGCAGAUGAGGAACGAGAUCGGCAACACCUGCUCCAUGCUCGGCAUCGCCCCCGACCCCACCCUGUGGACGCCCGAGGACGUCCGCGCCUGGGUCAUGUGGACGGUCCGCCAGUUCUCGCUGCCGCCCGUCCAGCUGGCGCUGUUUGACAUGGAGGGCGCCUCCCUGGCCGCUCUCACCGAGACCGAGCUCACACAGCGCGCACCCCAGAGCGGCUCCCUGCUUUUCGCCCAGCUCGAGAUCUGGAAGGCGUCCUGCGCCGAGGACAUGGAGCCCGGCAGGCUGGGCGGCGGCGGCGGCGACAGGUCGUCGCCCGCGCCCCUGCUGCACCAGCUCGAGGUCCCCGUCAGCACCGCCUCCCCGCCGACGCCGCUCGCCGCGCCCGUGCUCGACCAGGCCGUGUGCAGCCCGCACAGCACGCACAACUCCAGCGCCUCGUCGGCAGACACCUCGGACGAUGAGGACGAGGACAUGGACGCUGCCGCGGGAGGCGCGGGCGGCGCCGUCACGCCCUGCUCGUCAUCCUCGUCGUCGUCGUCCUCGUCGCGCGGCUCGCACAUCCACCUGUGGCAGUUCCUCAAGGAGCUGCUGUCCUCGCCGCAGCUGCACGGCUCGUGCGUGCGCUGGCUGGACCGGCCGGGCGGCGUGUUCAAGAUCGAGGACUCGGUGCGGGUGGCCCGGCUGUGGGGCGCGCGCAAGAACAGGCCCGCCAUGAACUACGACAAGCUGUCGCGCUCCAUCCGCCAGUACUACAAGAAGGGCAUCAUGAAGAAGACGGAGCGCUCACAGCGGCUCGUCUACCAGUUCUGCCACCCGUACAGCCUGUGAGCAGGGCGCCGCUGUGCCCAGCUGAGCCAGCCCACUCCGCCGCGUUGCAGGCCAACGCGCGCUAUGCGAGUGGGGCGCACCGGAGUCAGCCGCGCCGCCGCGCCGCCCCCGCGCGGGGUGGCGCUCGGCGCCGGCUGGGUCGUGGUCGGCCGACGCCCGGGUAGCGACGUGCGCUACCCCGAGGCGUGAGCCCCUACCACACUGUAAAUAGAGCCGGCUCUGUACAUAACGUUCGUGUUCAAGUUGUAGAUAUUUUGUUUUGUUGUUUUUUUCGAGUCAGCGGUCUGCAGAGGAAGGUAAUUUCCCAGACAGUCGCGGCUUGCAAGGGGUCUUCUUUAUCGAGGUGGCGGUGUAACAUGAUUUGUUUUGUGUGUGUGUUUUUUUUGUACUUACUGGUGCUGCCCUUGCAGCGCGCACCCGACGUCGCGCGGACGGUGGGGUCGCCAACGGCGUCCUAUCGGUGCUCGGGUGGGGUACUUAUUCUGCCCUGAGCUCGAGUUUUUUGGACGCCCGGCGCCCGGCGGCUCGGGUCGCGAGAAGGGUGGUGCUGGUGAUUUGUUUAUCCCAUAUAUCUAUGAUAUAUUUCUGAGAGUACGUUCUAUGAACAAACCCAUGACCCUUUCCGGGCACGGCGCUACGCCGACGUGUCCAACCCUUACGAAUGCGCAUUCCCUUUUGCUUUCUACUCUUGUAUGUAUAAGUAUGUAUGUUUGUACGCGUGUGUGUGAGACAGCGCGCGCGAGCGAGACUUGUGAUGUAGUUAUGAGUACGUUCGCAGCAGUGUGUCUAUGUUAAAUAUAGCGCACGUUGUUUAUUAUAUUAUUUGUUUUUCGUUAGUGUGAUUGUGAUCUCUAUUUUGACCCUUAGUGUAGCUAAUAUUAUAAUUU